CUGGCUGUUGUUGCUGCUGCUGCUGCUGCUUCUGCGCCUACUAGCUCGCGCUCUCUUCCUGUGUUGUCCCCUUCAUCUUUGUCUCCGUUGUAGAUAGACUUGCAUUCUCAUCACACCACCGCUCCGCCCUCUCAACCGCCUCCCGCCGCGCCUCCCUUUCGCCCGCCGCCAGCUUGCCGGCUCUCGCAAACGCUAUCAAUCCUUCUUUCUCCGACGCCGAGUCCCAUUCGCCCUCCCAACCGUCACUCACAGUCUAUGCUUCACCAGCCAAUAUCACCUUCCUUGGCGUAGCAACAACCCGCCCUUCGGCCCUGAAGGGGCUACAACACUCAUCGCGUGCUCGUUUCUUCUGCUCCCUCGGCGGCAAGACGAUACGCUUUUCACUUGCGCAUUCACGCUCUACAUACCCGUUCCGCAUUUUUGCCAGGCGGAGCUCGCUGCCAUGGCGCCCUCGCUAAACAUUGCGGGAGCCGCUACAGGCAAAGGCAUCCUCAUCGGCAUGCUUUCUGCCUUCGGCUCCGCUGGCAUCAUCGCCCUCGUGCUUCUCAUCAUUUGGUUCUUCCAGUACACCCAGCGUGGACGCAUCCUCCUGGAUCGCAUAGGUCGGCCAGGCGACUAUGACGAUGAGCAGGCGUUUCUGCGGGAGGAGGCUGAGGCUCUUGACGAGAUGGACGACCUGCAGCGCAUGGAGUAUCUACGGGCAAAAGCAUUUGUCCAAGCGAAUCCUCCAGAGUCGGUGCAUACGGACAUCUCACUCUCGCAGUACCUGGCCAUCCAAGAAAAGGGUGUAUCGGCAUGGGAAUUUGAGCCCGAACUCGAGAUCGCAAACUGCUUCGUCGAGGCCCGCACCGAAAUCGAGUUCUACGACUCAGAGUGCAGCGUGCAAAGUAACCUGCCCAUACCCAAACAGAACGAAGUGUACUACUGGGAGGCCAAAAUCUACGACAAACCCGAGAACACGACGAUAAGCAUUGGACUCACAACCAAACCGUACCCGCUUUUCCGGCUACCUGGAUACCAUAAGCACUCGAUAGCAUACGUCUCCAACGGUCUCCGUCGGCAUAAUCAACCCUUCGCCGGCACUCCGUACGGUCCAGAGUAUGUCCAAGGCGACGUAAUCGGCGUUGGCUACCGCCCGCGAACUGGGACCAUUUUCUUCACUCGCAAUGGCAAGAAACUAGACGACGUCGCCCACGGACUGAAGACGCAAAAUUUCUUCCCCACUGUCGGCGCAAACGGUCCUUGUCAGGUGCAUGUCAACUUUGGCCACAUGGGUUUUGUCUUCAUCGAAGCCAUUGUCAAGAAGUGGGGCCUCGCACCAGCAAGUGGCAGUCUCGCCCCGCCACCGCCUUACGGUAGUGAGCAGGGCAGCAUCCUACUCGAGGGCGGGCGCGAGGGCGUCCGGGAGGGUUCUGGAUACAUGGCACCUGCUUUCCAGCACUACGGUGGCCACGGCCACGGUCGAUCAAACUCGCAACAGAUUCGCCUAUCACGACAGCAGCACCCGACCAGCCCCGGUCCGCAGCGCUCCCCAACAGACAUCUCGCUCGCGGCAUUCAGCGUCGUUGACGAGGGCGAGGACGUCGGUGAGGGCACCUCGUCCAGCACACCAGCACCCACAUCGAGCACCUUCCCCCCUCACGAAGUCUCAUCAGAGGCUCCACCUCCCGAGUACGAGAGCCCAUCGGAUGAGGAGCGGCGGCCGCUUAUUCCCGGGAAUGGACCACCCAUACCGAGCUACGAGGCUGCCGUAGGCGAAGAACGCAGAGGCAGGGCAAACACACGAGACUCUCAACGGACGAUCCGGUGACACGAACGCAACAGCCUCGGUGCGUCGACCUCGACGCCCAGCCUCCCCC